CGUUUCAACAACUAAGGAUCAGUAUCCUUCAGGAGUUCAAAACGAACGCAUUACGCGGAAUCUUCGGAUUUUUUCGAAAAUAAAAAUCCUAAAAAAAAAACAAAUUAGAAAAAAUACUAAGAAUUUUAAAAAACCAUUUUUAUUUUAAUGUAAAAAAAUCUUGUGCAAUUUAUUUCAAAAAGAAACUCUCUCAACAAAAACCAAAGUCAAACCGAGUUGUGUUUUAACCAAAAAAUAAAUAAAUAUAAACCCUAUGGAUUUAUAAAAGUGCAACAGCUGAUCGAUCAUCAACCCCACCUACUUGGAUUAUUACCUCACAUUGUGGAUUAAUUUUAUAUUCAAAUCAUAUAUAAAUAAAAUAAAAAUUAUAACAAAAAUGGAUUACAAAAACGAUGUCCACUCCGAUGAUGACUUCGAUAGUUACAGCGACAACUAUCAGCAAUCAAAUUCCGGCCAGUCGCAAAAUCAACAAUUCAAUACCUCCCAGGGUCGUUUGACCAAUCCAGCUGGCCUGUCCAAAGCUGAAUUGAGAAAGACUAACAAACCCAUUAUGGAAAAACGUAGACGUGCCCGUAUCAAUCAUUGCCUGAAUGAAUUGAAAUCCCUGAUAUUGGAAGCCAUGAAAAAAGACCCGGCACGUCACACAAAACUUGAAAAAGCCGAUAUCCUUGAGAUGACCGUCAAACACUUGCAAUCCGUUCAGCGUCAACAGCUCAACAUGGCUCUGCAAACCGAUCCCACAGUGAUCCACAAAUUCAAGACUGGCUUUGCUGAGUGUGCCGAUGAAGUAAAUCGUUAUGUCAGCCAAUUGGAUGGUGUCGAUGAAACUGUACGCCAAAGAUUGAAUAGUCAUUUGAAUCAAUGCGCGACCAGUCUUGAUCAAAUUGGUGCCAUGACCAAUUUCAACAAUGGUUAUCAACGCAAUGGGGGCCAUGCCAAUUUGUUUGGUUCCAACAAUCUUCCGCUGCCAAUGGGAAAUGGUGGUGCGGCAGCAUCCUUGUUUCCUAGUUUAAGUCAAGACUUCAACUCCACACAGCCCAUACAAAUGGGUGGAGUGCAACUGAUACCAUCGCGCCUGCCAUCCGGAGAAUUUGCCUUGAUAAUGCCCAAUACCGGAAGUUCCAACAAUCAAGCCGCCUCUCUAAUGAACAACAAUUCCAACAGUGGUUUUCCCGCCUGGCCUUCACAGACUGGCGGCCAAGCUGGCUCAGCACAAAUUAAUGAUUUUGCUGCCAAUUUCAAGCGUUUGAGUGCCUUCUCCAAGCCACCAUCGACUUUGAUUACACCGCCCAAAGUAAAUCCCGGCAAUAUGUAUCCCCAAACCAAUUUGGGCUCCACAACCGCCACCAGUUAUCAACCUCUAAAUCCAGCCCAGUCACAGACCAAUUUCCACAACUCCUCCAGUCCUCCGCUCAGUCCAAUUUCUUCAGUAUCUAGUCACAAUGAAGAUUCAAUGAUGCACAAUAGCUCGGAUUUCACCAAUUCCCGAUCAACCUCACCACAUCAUCAUCAGCAGGAUAAACACAAUAGCUUUUUGGGAGUGUUCAACACACCACCCUCCUCGGCGGAAAACUCCUUUGUGCUCAGUGCAGCCCAUUUGCAACAGCAGCAGGUGUCUAGCAGCACCAGUGAUUUGAACACCAGCUCUGGAUCGGCCAAUAGCUCUCUAAAACGUUCCUUUUCUGAGGCGGCCGAUUCCAGCAUUUGCUCUGAGGAUGAUCAUGCCUCGAAAAAAUAUCACAAAGAAGGCCAAAUGGAGGGUGAGGAUCAAGACAGCAUGUGGAGACCGUGGUAAAAUUCGUUUUACACCAAAAGCAAAUUGUUAAUACAUAUUUUUUAAGAUUUUAGAUUAAGUAAAAUUUUUUUGUAAAACUCAUACAAUCAAAUUUUUUUCGAACGCUAUUUUUCUAUUAUUAUUUUCAAAAAAAACAAAAUUGUAUUUAACUCUUAUUUUCAUUUUCAUUCUGUGAUUUGUAUAUAAUUUUGUAAAAAUUUUGCCUUCCACAACCGCGGGUGGGUGUUUUAGUUAUGUUUUAAUUCGUUUUGAAGCAAUUAAGUUUUUAUUAUUAUUGUAUUUUUUUUAUUAUUACUAUUAUUAUUUUUGUUAAAUUUAAGUAUUUAAUUCAAUCGCCAUUUAAUGUUAAAACGACCGUUUGUGUGUUUUUCGUUCACUGAAAUGUUUCUAAAAUAAUGUUUUGCUUAAGUUUUAAAAGAGAGUUUCAUUCAUUAUGAUUUUUUGAAAAAAAGAGAGAAAAACAUAUGUUGUAACAUAAAUAAAAUUAAUAUAAAACACAUAUA